AUGUCUUUUAAAUUUAGCUGGCCAGAAUUCACCACAGAAUUCGUGGAGCAAGCUAAACAACUUUUAACGACAGCUCUUAACAAAAGCAGUAAACCAGUGAAUAUAGUGGAUCCUAUAGUCGUCAAAGACUUGAACAUGGGAACAAAGCCGCCUGAGUUGGAGAUUAUGGAAAUUUGUGAAUUAGCAGUUGAUAAAUUUAGAGGAAUAUUUAAAUUAAUAUACAGUGGUGACGCACAUUUAACUUUACAAACAAAAGUGCAGGCAAAUCCGAUGAAUAGCAAUAAAUAUGAUUUGAGCAUGUAUACUAGAAGGGGAAUUCUUGCGGCGGAUCAGCCGCUUGUAGUACCUAUGCUUCUAAGGUUAAGCAACUUGAAACUACGAGGUAUCAUCGUUUUGGUAGUUAGCAAGCAAAAAGGGAUCACAUUAGUUUUCAAAAAUGAUCCUUUGGAAAAGGUCGAUGUUACUUCAACUUUUGACAGCAUUUCAAGCAUACAAAGGUUUUUGCAGUCAGAAAUCGAAAAAAGAUUGAGAACAAUGUUUCAGGAAGAUUUACCAUCUAUCGUUCAUCAAUUAUCAUUGCAAAAAUGGCUCAGUAGUACCAAGAAAAAAGAAGAAUUCCCAAAGGGAGCAUCAGAAAAAAUGCCUAUUACGGAUCACCGGCCAUUAAAUAUCCUUCCAGAGAAUACGCCUUAUGAUACUAUGUCUAUGCCAGAUCUUCGAUAUGGCACGCCAUUAUCAACAUCGAGUUCGGAACUAUCAAGCAUCUCGCCAGAAUCAUCAUUUUAUGCGGAAGAAGGAUCUAGCAUAGGAGAA